UUGAUUGGCAGCUCUUAUGCUCUCAAAUGCUAUGCUUGCACCUUCUCCUACAAUGAAAUCUAUGACUUAGAUCAUAAAGAUGACGGUUGGUGCACGAACGAGUCACUGGUUUUAUUCGACUCAGAAGAGACUUCGAAAACGUGUGCCCCAUGGGAAAAGUUCUGUGUGACAGCCGUGACUACCAUCAACACCGUCUUCACCUCAGUUAGUAGAGGAUGUGGUGAGCGAUGUAGUGAGCUAUGUGAAUCAGACGGAUAUGGACAUAAUCAGGUCAAUUGUGACGAUUGCUGUGAAGCUGACUUCUGCAAUGCAAAUUUUUCCGUUCAAUACUAUCAAGAAUUAAUGGCUAGACAAUACACAUCAUGGAUUACGCCGCUGCCUGGUGAAUUAGCAUGGAAUAGAAAAUCAGGACUACGAUUCCCAUAUUAG